CGUUGUCGGUUCAUGGGGACCGUCUUGGUUCCAUACGAGCAGCCUUCCAUCCACAGCGGGACUCAGACACAUGGUGCAAGGGGGAGCAGGGUCAGGUCCUGGACGGAGAGACCGAGAAAGAAGAGAAGAGAGAGAGAGAGAGGCCCAAUGACAAAGUGUUAUCAGCGGCAGAAGGCGAGCAGAGCGCAGACACAGGGGAGGGUUUUUUAAAUUCUGCUUCUUACGGAUCUCGGAUCAUAAACACUAAACAUGCACCUCCUGGGAAUAUCUCUUCUCCUGGCAUACCUCAUCUGCACUAACCUGGCCACCGACUUCAGCCACAGUGACUAUUAUGAAUACUACGAGCAGGAGCAGAUGGACGAGGCGGACUCCCCACCAAAGUCAGACAUGGAACAGAAGUUGCGUUCAGCCUCCAGUGUAGAUGAACUGAUGAGUCUGAUCUAUCCUUCAUACUGGGCUGCUCUCAAGUGCACAUCCAAACUUUCUACUGCUGUUGCUUCUACGGCCUCUAAAGUCUCCCAGCGUCCACAACCUCCCCUACUGAGACCGCUGGCAGAUCCAGAGGAAUCAACAUUUGCUGCUGCCUACCUCAACUUGGAUGUCCUCAAAAGUAUAGAGUCAGAGUGGAGGAAGACUCAGUGCAUGCCCAAAGAAGUCUGUGUCGACGUGGGAAGGGAGUUCGGGGCUCCCACCAAUAUCUUCUAUAAGCCACCCUGUGUGUCUGUCUACAGAUGUGGAGGAUGCUGCCACUCUGAGGACAAACAAUGCAAGAAUAUCUCCACUGGCUACCUCAGUAAAACUCUAUUUGAGAUCACAGUACCAAUCACCCAAGGCACCAAGCCAGUGACCAUCAGUGUGGCCAACCACACCCAGUGCAGCUGUCUGUCCAAACUGGACAUCUACAAACAAGUUCACAGCAUUAUCAGAAGAUCCCUGCCCGAAUGCCCAAUAGCCAAUAGGACGUGUCCUCCCGGUCAGAUGUGGAGCAGCAGUCAGUGUCGGUGUGUCAACACAGCCACCUAUAUGCAACUCAACACCCCUCCUCUACCACUGCCACCUCCAAGGCCAUCCCAGCAGCAUCUUGACAUAUUUUCUGCAGAUGUGUGUGGCCCAGAUAAGGAACUGGACAUGGAAAGCUGUCAGUGCGUAUGUAGGCGUAGGGAUGAAACUUAUGACUGUGGGCCUAACCGACACCUUAAUCACAACACAUGUCAGUGUGUCUGCAACAUGAUACCUCCUCCAUCCUGCCCUCUGAACUACAUCUUUAACAAGGACACCUGCCAGUGCACGUGUAGCAAGACGUGUCCGAGGCACCAGCCCCUCAACAAGACAAAGUGUUCCUGUGAAUGUAAUGAGUCACCAAAUAAGUGUUUCCUAAAAGGACGGAGGUUUCACCACGCCACAUGCAGUUGUCUCAGGCCUCCCUGUGAAGUAAGAAGGAGAAGGUGUGAACCAGGUUUCUUCUUCAGUGAGGAAGUUUGUCGCUGCGUUCCAUCCCACUGGAGACGGCUGGACUAACCUCUGAUACACAAACAAGACACUAACGAGAUGACAAAGAACAGAUUAUAAAUUUGUACAAGUAGAAUUUGUUUAUUCCCUGUAGACCUGCUGUUCACAAGUAUCCCCAUCAGCUGUGAUGGCAGCUAAGUGUGUGGACCCUGAUAAACAUGGGGAAAGCUUAGUGAUUGAAGAGCAGGUAUGUGAAACUCUGGUGAACUGAAGGUGAGAAAUGCACUGAUUCUACUAUGAGGAUGCCUCAUGGGAAAGUGACUGAUUGCAGACCACGACUUGAAGGAAGGACUGAGAGAAAACAUGGACACCCGUUUUGAAACGCCUUUUAAAUAAUUGUUUUUUGUUUUGUAUUAAUUAUGGCUCAGUAUUCUUCAGAUAUCAAUUAUAUAAUUUAUUAAAUGUUGUUUUUCAACCUCUGUCUAAUACAGUUUCAGUAUUUUUUAAUGAAAAUACACUAGUCAAAAUUUUGGAUACACUUUCUUAUUUAAUGUUUUUUCUUUAUUUUCAUGACUAUUUACAUUGCAGAUUCUCACUGAAAUGAACACAUGAAAUUAUGUAGUGAACAAAAAAGUGUGAAAUAAGUCAAAACAUGUUUUAUAUUUUAGAUUCUUUCAAAUAGCCACCAUUUGCUUUGAUUACUGCUUUGCUCACUCGUGGCAUUGUCUCGAUGAGCUUCAUGUAGUAGUCACCUGAAAGGGUUUUCACUCCACAGGUGUGCCUUGUCAAGGUUAAUUUGUGCAAUUUCUUGCCUUCUUAAUUGGGUUGGGACCAUCAGUUGUAUUGUGCAGAAAUCAGGUUGGUACACACUUGACAGGCCAAUUUGACAACUGUUAGAAUCCAUGUUAUGGCAAGAACCAAUCAGCCAAGUAAAGAGAAACGAGAGUCCAUCAAUACUUUAUGAACUGAAGGUCAGUCAGUCUGGAAAAUUGCAAAAACUUUGUAUGUAUCCCCAAGUGCAGUUGCAAAAACCAUCAAGCGCUACAACGAAACUGGCUCACUUGCAGAUCUCCCCAGGAAAGGAAGACCAAGAGUCACCUCUGCUGCUGAGGAUAAGUUCGUCUCCGUCACAGCCUCAGAAAUAGCGUUGCUUUCGUCAACGAAAAUUAUGACGAAAUGUAGUCGUCAACGAACCUUUAUCACUUGAUGAAAAUGAGACGAGACGAAACGUAAAUGGUGGUUAUGUGACGAUAACUAUAAUAAAAUAUAUAAUACAAUAUUGUUGACGAAGAAAAACGAGACGAAAUUCGGUUUACAAAAUAAAAACUCUGCUGAAAUGUCUCUUCAUUUUCGUUGACCAAAACGAGACGAGACGAAAUUAUUUCGUCUCGUCUCAUUUUCAUCAAGUGAUAAAGGUCCAUUGACAACGAUAUUUCGUCAUAAUUUUCGUUGACGAAAGCAACACUACUCAGAAAUCACCAGUUAACAGCACAUAAAAUUACCACACAGACUUCUAGUAGCAGACACAUCUCGACUUCAACUGUUCAGAGGAGACUGCACGAAUCAGGCCUUUAUGGUCAAAUAGCUGCUAAGAAACCACUGCUAAGGAAAAGUGUCUUUGUGCGAGGCACAAAAGGUAAAUGAAUGGUCUGAACAUGCACAGUUCCCACCGUGAAGCAUGGCAGAGGAGAUGUGAUGAUGUGGGGGUGCUUUGCUAGUGACACUGUUCGGGAUUUAUUCAAAAUUGAAGGCAAAUUGAACCAGCAUGGCUACCACAGCAUCCUGCAGCGACAUGCCAUCCCAUCUGCUUUGUGUUUAGUUGAACCAUUAUUUAUUUUUCAACAGGACAAUGACCCCAAACACACCUCCAGGCUGUGUAAGGGCUAUUUGACCAAGGAGAGUGAUGGAGUGCUGCAUCUGAUGGCCUGGCCUCCACAGUCACUUGGUUUGGGAUGAGAUGGACCACAGUGUGAAGGCAAAAAAGGGGCCCACAAGUGCUCAGCAUCUCUGGGAACUCCUUCAAGACUGUUGGAAAACCUUUUCAGGUGACUAUAUCAUGACGCUCAUCCAGAGAAUGCUAAGAGUGUGCAAAGCAGUAAUCAAAGCAAAGGGUGGCUAUUUUGAAGAAUCUAAAAUAUAAAUCACAUUUGCAAUUAUUUCACACUAUAUUGUUUACUACAUAAUUCCAUAUGUGUUCAUUCAUAGUUUUGAUGCCUUCAGUGAGAAUUUGCAAUGUCAAUAGUCAUGAAAAUAAAGACAAAAACAUAAAUGAGAAGCUGUGUCCAAACUGUUCACUGGUAGUGUCCACUGAUGAGUAUUUUUGUAUCAUGUAAAGUAUGUGUAAAAUAAAGUAUACUGGCUGUUGUAUAUAUUUA